AUGUGGCUGCUCAAGAAUGACCGAUUGCUUACAAAUUUCAGCAAAAGUAGAAAAGGCCUGGGAAGUGUGGGGUGUAAGCUUUGUGGUAACGUUUGUGAAACUACAAUUCAUGCGAUAAGAGAUUGUAACAAUUGUGUCUCGGUUCGGAAGAGCCUGGUGCCUAGUGAUAUUCAUGGGGAUUUCUUCAAAGUUUGUCUUGGUAAUUGGAUUAACAUGAAUCUCAACUACAGUGGCAAUCUUGCAGAGAACAAAUACUAUAAGCAAGCAGUGUCUCUUUUCAAAACUAACAACAAAAAUAAUAGUGGAAAUAAGUUCAUAGUUUGGAUACCUCCCACUAGCAGAAUGAUAAAACUUAAUACUGAUGGAGCUUGCAAUACGAAUGUUGCUGGUUGUGGAGGUGUCUUACGUGAUCACAAUGACAUUUGGAAAGGGGAUUCUCCAAUUGUUCAAACCAUUAAAGAUAUAAAGGUGGGAACAAUUGAGUGUGUUGCUAUCUUUCGGCGAAUAAUGGAUAUAAAUUUGAAAGUAGGAAGAAUUGUUAAGGAGAAAGAUUUGUAG